AUGACGAAGGCAUUGCAUGCGCUGAAUGAUGUAAGGGUACCGAAGGCAGACUCCGAAUCAUGGGGGGGGGAUGUGAAGGCAUUGCUCGCGUCUAAUAAUGAUGACGGGGUGCCAAAGGCAUCGCUCGUGUCUAAUAAUGAUGAUGGGGUGCUGAAGGCAUCGCUCUCGCCUAAUAAUGAUGACGGGGCAUCGCUUUUGUCGAAUGAUGAAGACUUGUAG